AUGAAAAGCGAGAUUGUCGUCGAACAGUUCAAUAUUGAAUGUAUCAAUGAAAUUCUAACUGGUGAAGCAAUAAGAAGAUAUAGGGAACAUUUCAAUCUUAGUGUGGAUAGUGAGCCUCUAUGGUUCACUAUCAUUUAUGUUGACUCCGGAAAAUAUAAAUCUCUCCACUUAGUUGCGCAAACUUUACAAUUAUUUAAUAUAUGGGUUGAUAAUUUGGAAAAAUUACAUUUGCACAGAAGGGAUAUAAUCGGAGGAUUAGUUCAUUUGAGAAAACGGCAAUAUUUAUGGCUAGAGCAACAAUGGAAACAAGCUGAUAAAGAUGGCAAUUCAAGAUUAGAUUUCGAUGAUGUUGCAAGGUUAUGCUGUAAUUUGAAUAUAAAUAUGCCAAAGUCACUACUUGAGACUAAAUUUAAAGAUGGCCAACUUGAUUUUACUGAUUUUCAGCAAUUUGUUAAGUUAAUUAAUCAAAGGGUUGAGCUGGAUAAACUAUUUAAUUCUCUGGCGAAAGAGCAUGGAAAUACAUUGACACUUCGUGAAUUCAAAGACUUUCUCGUCAAUAUUCAAAAGUACGCCUUGAAAGAAGAAGAAUGUGAUAAUUUGUAUUAUAAAUUUUGUGAGAAAGGCCACAAAGAAAUGAAUUUAGAGGGUUUCAGUUAUUUCCUCAUGUCUAGCGACAAUGCAAUUUUUGCUUCAGAACACACCAAAAUUUAUCAAGACAUGACACAACCACUAAGUCAUUAUUUUAUCGAUUCUUCGCACAAUACAUACCUUAUAGGAAAUCAAUUGACAAGUCAAUCCUCAGUAGAAGGAUACAUACAAACGUUACAAAGAGGAUGUCGUUGCGUUGAAAUCGAUUGCUGGGACGGCCCUGAUGGUCCCAUAGUUACUCAUGGUUAUACAUUGACAUCUAAAAUAAUGUUUCAAGAUGUUAUUUCAACGAUCCGUACCUACGCAUUUACAGCCAGUCCAUAUCCACUAAUACUAUCACUUGAAGUUCAUUGUAGUAUUGAUCAACAAAACCAAAUGGCUUCUAUUUUACGUAACACUCUGGGUGAACAUCUCGUCACUAAUUUCAUAUCAGAAAACGAAACAGAAUUACCAAGUCCUACAGAUUUAUUAUAUAAAAUAAUAUUAAAAAUCUAUAUGAAAUUUAAUACUCGUAAUCGGGAAAAAGAAGUUCCUAAAUUAUCAGAAGAAAAAGGAACAAAGGCUAAACGUAAGAAUAUCAAAUCACGAGUUGCACAAGCCCUUUCAGACUUGAUGGCCUACUUCUCUACUGUUAAGUUUAAAGGAUUUAAUAAUCGCCGUGAUAUACUUGAAAAAGAAACAAAGGCUAAACAUAAGAAGACUAAAUUACGAGUUGCACAAACCCUUUCAGACUUGAUGGUUUACUGCUCUGCUGUUAAAUUUAAAGGAUUUGAUUAUCAUCGUGGGAAUCCGAAGUACUAUCAAAUGUGUUCCUUUACCGAUAAUGCUUCUUCAAAGCUCAUAAAAUCUGAAAGAGAUGCUUUGAUUCAGCACAAUACACGACAAUUAACACGUAUAUAUCCGGGGGGUUUUCGAAUAAACUCUUCAAAUUAUGAACCACAUCACCAAUGGAUGGUUGGAAACCAAUUAGUUUCUCUAAAUUGGCAGAAUUUUGACUUGGGAAUGCAAAUCGAUUAUGCCAUGUUUUCUGUUAAUGGCAGGUGUGGUUAUGUACUCAAGCCAGAGCGAUUAUGCAAUCCCAAAAUUACUUAUCCGACCCUCCCACCUCAAACUUUGACAAUUGAAAUAAUUUCUGCACAACACCUUCCUAAACUGGAAGAUGACUUUAUUGACAAGAUAAUUGAUCCGUUUGUUGAAGUAGAAUUACUCAUUCCUGGUGCUGAUGCUAUUAAAAAAAGGACUAGCACUAUUUCCGAUAACGGCUUUAACCCUAUAUGGAAUGAAACUUUAAAAUUUACAUUUAAUUGUAAUGAGAUGAGUUUGGUAUUUUUGCGAUUCGUUAUUUGGGAUCACGAUAUUGGCAAUAAUGAUUUUAUUGCAUCUUAUUGCAUUCCUAUAACUAGCUUACAAUUUGGAUAUCGUUAUGUACCACUAAAUGAUCUUAAUGGCGAGCAAUAUCUUAAUACCACUUUAUUUAUUCGAUCUUCUCUUGAGUGA